UCAAGUUGCCAUUGAAACCCGCGGUGGCAGCAGUCACAGUAGCGACAGCUGCAGCAGGAGAGACAGAGGCAGCAGCAGGAGAGACAGGCAGCAGGAGAGACAGAGGCAGCAGCAGGAGAGACAGAGGCAGCAGCACGAGAGACAGAGGCAGCAGCACGAGAGACAGAGGCAGCAGCACGAGAGACAGAGGCAGCAGCAGGAGAGACAGAGGCAGCAGCAGCAGAUACAGAGGCAGCAGCAGGAGAGACAGAGGCAGCAGCAGGAGAGACAGAGGCAGCAGCAGGAGAGACAGAGGCAGCAGCAGGAGAGACAGAGGCAGCAGCAGCAGAUACAGAGGCAGCAGCAGCAGAUACAGAGGCAGCAGCAGCAGAUACAGAGGCAGCAGCAGCAGAUACAGAGGAAGCAGCAGCAGAUACAGAGGCAGCAGCAGCAGAUACAGAGGCAGCAGCAGCAGAUACAGAGGCAGCAGCAGCAGAUACAGAGGCAGCAGCAGCAGAUACAGAGGCAGCAGCAGCAGAUACAGAGGCAGCAGCAGCAGAUACAGAGGCAGCAGCAGCAGAUACAGAGGCAGCAGCAGCAGAUACAGAGGCAGCAGCAGCAGAUACAGAGGCAGCAGCAGCAGAUACAGAGGCAGCAGCAGCAGAUACAGAGGCAGCAGCAGCAGAUACAGAGGCAGCAGCAGCAGAUACAGAGGCAGCAGCAGCAGAUACAGAGGCAGCAGCAGGAGAGACAGAGGCAGCAGCAGCAGGAGAGACAGAGGCAGCAGUAGAGGCAGCAGCUACACUGACAAUCAAACAACCACGGUGGCUUUAGCGACACUCGUUGCAAACUCUGGCGGCGCCGUCGUCAGCGGUGGCGACAUCAUGCAGACGGACACCACCACCGUGGUCAUCAUCGGGGAGGGCGACCGCGUGGUGCUGAAGCGAGAGGACUUGCUGAAGGCCGUGCGAGUGGAGAGACACCGGAAGGUGAACUUCGAGAAGAAGUGGUUCUUCGUGGACAGUUUGAUCGGUGCGAGGUACGGCACCACGUUUGACAUCACGGGUGGAGGUGACCUACAGCCCCUGUGUGCGAGCAAGGUGCUCAAGGCUGAAGUCGCGGUGUCGGAGUCCGGAGUCGACAACCGCAACAUCCAGAGCGACGGCUCGGCACAGAAGCUCACGCGGGACGACAUCUCGGCUCUCAAGGAACAGGGCCUCAGGGGCACGGAGAUUGUGAGCCAGCUGGUGGAGAACAGCAGCACGUUCAAAGAAAAGACGGAGUUUUCUCAAGAGAAGUACAUCAAGAGGAAGAAGAAGAAAUACGAAUCCCACAUCACGGUGCUGAAGCCGAACGCACGCCUCCUGGCUACAAUGUACCACUCGCGCGAGCCGGCCAAGAUCUGCCACCUCCGCGUGGAUUCGCUGUCGCAGCUGCUGGCGUCCGGGAACGUGCGCGCCAGCGGCAAGACGAUCGUCGUGGAGAGCUGCUCGGGGCUUGUGCUGGGCGCCGUCAUGGAGCGCAUGGGAGGGCACGGCACGAUCCUAAACGUGCACGCCGGCGCCAUGGCCAACACCACGGCCACGGAGCACUUCGGCUUCCCCGAGCGCUUCUUCGCCCGCGUCUUCUCCGUCCCCCUCGACCGGAUCGGCGCCAUCGCCCAGCAGUGCUGCGACGGCGCUGCCGCUAGCAACACCGACGCCGUCGCCGCUAACAACACCGCCGCUAGUAACAACGCCGUCGCCGCUAGCAACAAUGCCGUCGUCGUUAGCAACACCGGAGCCGCCGCUAACAAUACCACCGUCGCCGCUAGCAACAACACCGCCACCGUGGUCUCCGCAGAGUGCACUGGCCUCCCAGAGGGAUGCUCGGACGGAUGUGCGGACGACUCUGGUAUGGACACGGAGGCGCCAGCUGCCGGCAAUGUGGAGCAGCCGGAGCAGGAUUCUCAGCAGGCGGAACUGGAUUCCAUUGCGGGAGAGCAGGCUGGCAAGAGGCAAGGAGACGUCCGGACCGAGAGUGAGACUGGCAUGGCCAACGUCAAGGACCUCAAAUCUCAGAAGGAGGUGCGGCAGGAGGAGAGGAAGCGGUGCGCAGACAUUGGCGUGGCGGAGCUCGCGCGGAGAGAUGCCGAUGGCCUGAUCAUCGCCUGCAAGUUCCAGCCGUGGCCGAUUCUCGAGGGGCUCCUUGACUUCGUCUCCCCCUCGCGACCUUUUGUCGUCUUUUGCCAGCACAGGGAGCCGCUGCUGGAAUGCUACACCAACCUGAAGGAGCGCGGGAGCACGGUGAGCCUCCACCUCACCGAGUCCUGGCUCCGCUUCUACCAGGUUUUGCCGAACCGAACUCAUCCGCUCAUGAGCACAAGCGCAUCCGGGGGAUACCUGCUCACAGGCAUUACGGUGGCGCCUGAUGCUGGCUCUGCGGCGGAGCGGCCCGCGGCGGAGCGACCUGCGGCGGAGAAGCCCACGGCGGAGCGACCUGUGGCGGAGAAGCCCACGGUAGAGCGACCUGUGGCGGAGAAGCCCACGGUAGAGCGACCUGUGGCGGAGAAGCCCACGGUGGAGCGACCUGUGGCGGAGAAGCCCACGGUGGAGGGACUCUUGGUGGAGAAGCCCACGGCGGAGGGACCUGUGGCGGAGAAGCCCACGGUGGAGGGACUCUUGGUGGAGAAGCCCACGGCGGAGCGACCUGCGGCGGAGAAGCCCGUGGCGGAGGGACUCUUGGUGAAGAAGCCUGUGGCAGAGUCGUCGUGCUCAGCAGAUGGGCCCGUGACGGAGGAGCCCAUGGCGAUGCAGGAGCCUGUGACUGAGAAGCCCACGGCAGCCGCGGAGGAACGUGAAGAGGAGGAAGGGCCGAAAGCCAAGCGAGCUAAGACUGACGGCGAUCGGGACUCCUAGGUGUUGUGCCCGCAGAGCCGGGCAAAGCACGUCGCUCACUCGGUAGCGCUCUGAAGGGGCCUGGGUUCCAUUACCAACUCGGAUGCUCUUCUGUGCGGGGCUUGUUACGUUUUCUCCCCCUGUUGUGCACGGGUUCUCCGGUUCCCUGUAUGUAUCGCUCUCCGUGUACGUGUCUCUUGUGUGCGAGGCAGCUGCCCGCCGAGUAUCGCACACAGUACUCGCAUCUAACUGUAUGACGUUGUCCCAAGUGGACUGAAUUCAAUACGCGUCACGUCACGAAUUUUGGGUAUAGGUUCCCCGCAUAUACGGCGUGAAAUCGCGCAAACCGAAACCUGUACAGCGAGACUGUAACGAUGCACCGAUUCAUCGAUUAAAAUAGACUUGCUAGGCCCCUGAUGUAUUUGUUGAUUUUCUGUAAAGGAUUGGUUAUUUAAUAAUCACGUUUCCAGGCCGUGCCAAGAGUUUCUUCGGCAACGCGAAUUCAAUUCUGUAAGACGGCUUCCAACAGGAGGAGUGAAACGUCGAACAUCGUGCCGAAAAACGCAAGCGCGAAAGCUCUAAAUCGGCGUUCUUCAUUGCAAGGCCCACAGGCCACUGGUGGCCUUUAGUGCGGCCCCUGACAAUACACACAUUUGAAAACACCCCUCCACCAUCAUCAUCGUGCUGCUUCUUCUUGGUUCGUUCCGUAAAGUCACGUAGAAUGGAAAUAAUAAAGUAAUAAAACAUAAUAAAAUAAUUUUCACGACGUUUCGGCCACAACG